AUGGUCACCCCACUAGCAGAUUUCUUCAAGAGCCUGUUUGAUUACGACUCGUGGGCGCCCAAGAGCUCGCGCAUCUGGCGCCUCAACCAGUACCAGCCGCCCGAGGCCGACAGCCUCCAGCGCGGCGCCCCUGGUGGCGACCAGGACGCCGAGGUGUCACUGGGUGACAUGCGAGUGCUGCAAGACCGCCUGGCACAGCUGCGGGCGGACAGCGGCGGCGGCGGCAGCAGCGGCGGCGCGACGGCCGCAGCGGCCUCAGCGGGGCUUGACGCGGCAGCAGACGGGGAUGAGCUGGAUGAGGCGGGGCGGUCCUUCAGCAGCGCGGACGACAACGAGCUGACUUUCGCCCUGAACCAGCGCAUCUCCCAGAUCGCGGCGACCACGGGGGACUACGGGUCGAGCACGGACGAGGCGGACAUGCGGCGCCCGCUGACGGGGGAGGAGUUCCAGCAGCUGCUGAUGAGCAAGUAUGGGAAGCUCUAUGACGUCAGCUUCGCCAAGCGCAGCAUACCCGGAAAAACCUUUGUGUCCCUCAACAUCAUGUGGCUCCACCUGGGGCAGCGCAGCUUCAAGCUGUCUCCAGAGCAGUACGCCGAGAAGCUUGCUGGCGUCUCUCAGCUGGUCAACGUCCUGGGGCAGACAGACAAGGUGCGCGCCUUUCUGAAUGCGCCCGCCAAGGCCCAGAAAGGCCUGCCGCCGCGGCCAGUGGUGGGCACAGCCGUCAGCGUGCGGCUUGACCUGGAUGACUCGCAGGUCGAGGAGUGGUUUGGCGCGGGCUUUGAUUGA